AUGGCGGGGAAGAAGACGACGCCGAAGACGACGCCGAAGACGACGCCGGUGAAGAAGCAGAUGAAGGCGCGCGGCGCGGGCGCCGACGCCGCUUCAGCGCCGAAUUCACCCGCUGGACGAGGGACUCCGCGUCGCGCGGCGGCGACGCAGGCUGGGGAAAAAAUGAAGAGGAUGGUGGUGAAGAUGGAAGACGGGGACGCGUUCGACGGGGACGAAGAUUACGAUCAGGCGCCGAGCCAGACGUCGAGCGGGAGGGCGACACCAAAAAAGUACAAAGCGCGCGUCGUGAACGGCUCCGCACCGCCGACGCCGAUGAGUAAGAGAACUCCUGGUGGGUCGCCUCGUAAGUCGAAUCGCAGCGACGGUAGUAGCGACGGUGGCAGUGGCAACCCACGAACGCAGCUUGCUGAGCAUCUCGCGGUGAUUCGCGACAUCGGUGACAUGUUUGAGGAUCUCGUCAGCCGCGUGCCAGGCAUUGAAGCGUUUUUGAACACGAUUAAGCGCCCUUUGCGUGUGGCGACGAUGUGCUCUGGCACGGAGUCUCCGCUUCUCGCAUUGGACAAGAUUGCGGACGCGACGCAAAAGCUAUAUGGUACUCGCAUGCCGAUCGAUCACGUCUUUUCGUGUGAGAUCGAGCCCUUUAAGCAGGCAUACAUCGAGAGAAACUUUGCGCCGCCGAUUCUCUUCCGGGAUAUACGUGAGCUCGGCGGUGACGAGGCCACGACGGCGUAUGGCGCCAAGGUUCGCGUGCCGCACGAUGUCGACAUGCUCGUCGCGGGCACCUCAUGUGUUGAUUACUCCAACCUCAAUAAUGAGCGAAAGGGUUUGGACGCACAAGGUGAAUCUGGUCAAACGUUCAGGGGUAUGAUGAACUGGAUCAGAAAGAGCCAGCCGUCGAUCAUCAUUCUGGAGAACGUGUGCAAUGCCCCGUGGGAUCAAGUGCAGAAGAAGUUUGAGGACGAAGGUUACCACGCACGAUUUAUGCGCGUCGACACGAAGCGAUUCUAUAUUCCGCACACUCGUACGCGUGUCUAUUUGUUCGCGUGCAAGGCUGACGAUCCAAAGCUGGUGGAAAUGUGGAAAGAACGAGUGAAGGCUCUGGAGCGACCGGCGAGCGCCACGCUCGAGGCUUUCCUAUUCGAUGCCGACGAUCCACGCGUGCACGAAGGUCGACGCAUGCUGGCGCGACCGGGUGAAGACUCGACGCGCGCUAACACCGAUUGGGGUCGUUGCGAAUCUCGCCAUCAGCGCGCGCGUUUGGAAGAAGGCUUGGGCCAGCGACGACCCUUCACUCAUUGGGAUGGCGGUUGCACACUUCCGGAUUACGCCUGGAACGAUUGGGGGAAAGCGCAAACGGAUCGCGUACUCGACUUGAUGGAUAUCGAUUAUUUACGCCUGGCGCAAUUAGAUAUCGAUUCUAUGCACAAGACAUUGGUCUGGAACCUUUCUCAGAAUGUCGAUCGCACCACGGGUUCCGUCGCGCCGGGCAUCUGCCCGUGCCUGACGCCUUCAAUGGUACCGUUUGUGACGAACCGCGGUGGUCCACUGGUUGGCAUCGAAGCGUUGAGUUUGCAAGGUAUCCCGGUUGAUGACUUGUUAUUGACGCGGGAGAGCGAAAACCAGAUGAGCGACUUGGCUGGCAAUGCGAUGACGACGACCGUCGUCGGCGCAUGCAUGCUCGCCGCCAUGACGCUCAUGACUGACACGCUGGCUGAAAAGAAACCAAGGACGGCACGACGCGCGUUGCAGCUCGACGGCGAAGACUCUUCAAAGAGCGCUCAAUCCACGCAGGGCUCUUUAACCGUUGUUCAAGCUGCCGCUGCGGCCAAGGCAGACGUGAUUGGUCAGGACAAGUUGGUGAAGCGUCCACUCGAUCUCGGUAUGAAGCCAAUCGCCUUGAAAGAGCUUCUGAACAAGGCGAAUCGCUCGGCUCGCUUGUGCGUGUGUGAGGGUGAAACCGGUACUACCGAUCACGAUUCCCUCGUCAUCUGCCGCGACUGCGCGCACACGUGCUGCGUCAAGUGCUGCGGUCGUCCAGAGCACAACUACGAGAAGCACAUCGUAGAUCGCAUCUUGCCUGAGGAUUUCCAGGAUCAACUGAAGAGUUCUCUUCCGAUGCACAUGAAGCUGGACCUGAGUUCGACGAUGUUCACCAAACCUGGGUCCAUCACCGACGACGCGUGGAACGACUGGCUGGGCGCGAUGAAGUCCAUUGGUGAAGCUGAUUUCCUCUUCCGGGGAAUGAAGCGAACUAAUGUCUGGCGCGUGUACUACGCGUGCGCGGCUGAAGAUCAAGUCCGAUUGGAACUGCGAAUCGCACCCAACGCGGCCGAAUGGUUGAUCUUUGUCGAUCCGUCGAUCAAGAAGGGUAAGCCACAUGAAUUCUAUCAGCGUCCGCUCAUGCGCAUGCUUCUCAGUGAAUCUGCGAAGAGUGUAUUGGAUGGCGUGUGGGAGUUCUUCUCGCCAGAGUGUGCCGCAGUCCCGAUUUUGCUCGAAGGCAAGGGUGCACUCGAAGAGUCUUGGCAAAUCAAGCUCGGUAUGCAAACAACGAGCGCUGUGAACGGCGACGUAGUGUGGGCGAAAAAGCGCUACACGCAGUACCAAGUCACUCUGAAGGAUUCAAAGAACGCAAAGUCUUUUGAUCGUGACAUCACGGGUACGUAUCAGCUCUACGACAAGUGUGACGCUGCUCAAAGCUCGUUGCACAAGCGCGUCGGUGGCGCUCAAAAUGGCCGCGAAAUGUACUUCUUCUUGGAUCCCAGGCGCAAUCAAAAAGGAGAGUGUGAUUAUUUUGUCUUCGCCGAUAGCCAUCGACGAUUAAUGUACGGUGAAGAUCGCAUGGAAACGGCGCAUUUGGACUUCAUGAACCUCGGACAGCCACCGUCCGGCAAUGUCUUCCGCCCGGGCGAGGAGAAACGCGUCGAGCACAUCGCUUACAGCUAUGGUACUUGGACGCCUUUGUCGCCGAAUGUUGCUCUCCUACCCGCUGUGUCGCAAAGCGCGAUUGUUUUGACUCCUCCCGUGAACUCUGUCCCUACGCAAGAUUCUUUCGACGCGUGCUCCAAGGCGGUGGCUAUCAUGCGCGCAUCGGUCUCUCUGGCAGACGUCGACGCUGAUUUCUGGCCGAACGAGGAAUACUCCACUAUCCGGCUUGACAAGAGCCACGCUAUCUUUCAGCGUCUCGAAUGGUUCACAUCUCGCAUGGAGCUCCCGAAGGUCGUGGAGAAAUGGAACGAAAUCAAGGAUGACCACGUCAUGCAGUGCGACGGUUUUGCGUGCGCGCGCUGCGCGCCGAUUCCCGCGAAAAUCGUCUGGCAACGACAAGCUGGUUCUUCCAAGGUUGUCGCGAAAGAAGAUCCCCUCCAAGCUGCGAAAUAUGAGCAAGCUCUCAAAUGUCGACCAGCACCGUUCGUCGUGCAGUGGAGCCAAGAGAAGAUGACCGGUAACUUGCUCAUCGCCGCCAACCCGGCGACGCUCGUACACCGAGCCCUCGCGCUCGUGGCACCUUGUGGAGUUCGCGGAAUCCAAUCGAACGCACCCAAGCUAUCGUGGAGGAUCGUCCGUCACGACGACCGCCCCAUGGAUCAGUUUGGUGAGUUCGAACUGAAGAGCAAUCGUCACGACAAGCAAGUCGCGCAACCGCCGAACUGGAGCAAAAAGUAUCCACUUCGACCGGAACAAUUGCGUUCGCUCGGUUGGAUGGUCAACCAAGAAACGAGCGUCACACCUUUCGUCGAGGAAGAGAUCUCUGAGAAGCUUCUGCCUGCGAUGGGUCUGCGAAUGGAUGGCAUGGCGCAAGUGUCCAAGGUGAUCCGCGGCGGUAUCGUCGCCGACCAGGUCGGUUACGGAAAGACAGCCAUAUCCAUCGGCGUCAUUUUGGCGAGUCAACUCAAAUUUCCGACGCCCAAACAAGCGAAGAUAGAUUCUCCAGUUAAGGCGAUUCCGACGAAGGCGACACUCGUCGUCGCUCCCUCGCAACUGCUCCGUCAAUGGCCCAGAGAAGUGGAAAAGUUCAGCGCACGCGGUGCGUUGAAUACGGUAGUCCUCAAGACAAUGACGGAUAUCAACAACUUGACUGCUCGUGAAGUCAUCGAAGCGGAUGUAGUCAUCGUUGCUUCGACGUUGUUCAGAUCUUCGCUGUAUUUUGAACGCCUUGCUCAACUUUCUGGGAAGCCGUCUCUUCCGGAUCCAAAGUCGACGGGUUCCGCACGUCAUUUCUCAAGCGUGUACAAGGAUACCAUCUCUGGUCUUGAAGCACAAGUUAUGCGUUUGACGGACAAGACGCUCGGUGUCGCGGAAGUUUCCAAGCACGUCCGACAUGGUGCAUCAAAUCUCUGCGAUGUCGCUGUGACGGCGGCGCCGAAGCGCCUCAAGGGUGCCAAACUUGUUGAGAUGACAGAGAAGGCUGGUGGUGAAGGUUUCGAAUUCGUCGAAGCGAUGCUCGGAGACAAGCAGCGGGGAGUGAACAAGGAGAACAUGCAAAAGCCGAUCAACACCACAAGUGCUCCGGUGACGCCGACCAAACCGAAGAAGACGCCGACCAAGAAGACGCCGAUCAAGAGAACGCCAUCCAAGAAGCAAGCCCUCUCAAACGUGACGUCACCGGUGCGAGCUUCUGCCCGGAACACGCCGCGGAAGUCUUACGCGGAAGUUGAUGACGACGUGGAAACGGAUGAUGACAUCUCCGAGUGGGACGAUGAAUCUAUGGAGGACAGUGAGAGCGAGGAACUCGCCCAAAAGGCGACACCCAAGCGCAAGCGCGUCUCCAAGCCUCGAAGUAAUGUUGAUGUGGAAUCAGCUGGAAACAAGGAUCAUUGGGGGCUAGAAAGCGCUCAAGCUGAAUACGACUGGCGCGACAUCAAGUGUGUGCCAGUCGAGAUGUUCCACUGGCGUCGAGUCAUCGUCGAUGAGUUUACAUACCUGAAGCCCUCUGACAAGGCUGUGGUGCUUGGGCUCCAGGCUGAGGCUCGAUGGUGCUUGUCGGGCACCCCCCCUGUCGGCGAUUUCUCGGACAUCAAGGGCACCGCCGCUUUGCUUGGUAUCAAUCUCGGUAGCGACGAAGUCCCGCGAUUCAACAAAUCUGAAAUCACCAAAGUUGAGACGUUCCAGUUCUUCAAGGAAAAGCCGACGCAGCAGUGGCACAAGAGACGAUGGGAAGUCGCGCAAGAAUUUUUGAACAGAUUCAUGAGACAGAACAUCGCCGAAAUCGAUGAGAUCAAGUUCAGAGAAGACGUCUGCGACGUCCAACUUCGUCCCGCUGAGCGAGCGAUUUACCUUGAGCUCGAUCAUUACUUGCAAUCGAUGGACAUGAAGGCGAAGAAGAAGAAGCGCGGCGGCUCGGAAGGCGACCGAGAUGCUCGUCUCGCCGCUGUGCUCGGGAACUCCUCAACCGCUGAGGAAGCUUUGCUCAAGCGCGUGGCGCACUUCGACCUGGACGAUGACUCUGGUACCGCUCUUAGAACGUGCCAAGACAUCGUGAACGUCCGAAAAACUCAACAAGAGGACUGCCUUACGGAGUUCGGCGAAGCGAUUCUCAAGGGGCGCGCCAUGUUGUUACAAGUUUCUAAGAUGGAUGGCUAUUCCCCGGAAGAGAAUCCGUUCAUUCGUUGGGAAAAGGGCGUUCAAGGCGAAGGUAUCGGUGAUCCAACGGCUACGGAACUUUUGAAGACCGUGCUCAAGGAACAAACCGACGCCAAGGCCGCCAAGACCGCGCAUCUCCUGCAAACCCGCCCACCAGUCGGCUCCACCAUCUCUAUUUUCUCUGUGGAAGAACAAGAGUGGCGAACGGGAGAAGUUCGAGGCUACAGUGGUCAGUGGAAACAAAAGGCUAUGAUGUAUUACGACGCCAACACGCGCAAGGAAGAAGAUCUGACGAAGGUGAAAUGGGAGGUUAUCACAGCCGUGGAAGGCGAUCCGAGCAUCACCUUUGACUCGGCGCCCUCCACGAAGAAGGUGAAAACUGCGUCAUUGGAGGACAAGCUUUGGGAGCUACGAGAGCACACGCACGGUUUACGAAAACUUCAAAAAGAACUCGUGGGUCGCGUGCGCUCUUUGCGCUUCUUCCAGUCUGUUCGUGACUUGCAACGCGCCAAGUUGGAAGAGGCGGUUAUUUGCCAAGUCUGUACGACGAAGUUUGCAAAGUCCCGGUCCGGCGUAUUGUCAACGUGCGGACACAUCGGCUGCUUGGAAUGCCUGAAGUCCCACGCUGAGAAUCAAGAAUGCGGCGUCGAAAACUGUGAUUGUGCAACUCGCGACAGCUCCGUCGUGACCGCCGUCUCUCUCGGCACUGAAGUUGGUGCGAAGGCCGGUAUGACGGAUGGGGGCGUGGGUGUUCAUGGUUCCAAGAUCAUCGAUCUCGUCAAGCAUAUCAAGUCUGUUCCGGAUGACGAGAGAAUCUUGGUCUUUGUGCAAUUCCCUGAUUUGAUGUUGCAGGUGAGCAACGCGCUGAACGAAGCGGGCAUCAAGACGCUUAAGCUCAAGGGCAGUGUGCAUCAGCAGACUGGCGCACUCGAUGAGUUCCAAAAAGAAAACUUGAAGAAAGACGACGCGCGCGUCCUUCUUCUUUUGAGCAGAGAUGAGAGCGCUUCCGGCGCCAACUUGACGACGGCGAAUCACGCCAUUUUCGUUCACCCACUUCUCACGAACUCUGCUCAAGAGUAUAUUGCCAGCGAGACGCAAGCGAUUGGUCGUAUUCGUCGUUACGGGCAGCAGCGUGAAGUUCGCAUCUGGCGUUUCAUCGCUCGCGAUUCUAUUGACUCUGAAAUCCUGAGUCAACGGGCGUCGAAUCUGUUGAAGAACUGA